AUGGGCGAGGCCAUCAUUGAUGUUGUACCAAUCAUGGGCACCGUUGGUUCUCGACUGUCAAGCCCUUUACCGAAACCUUCGCAGACGGACGUUGAAGGGCUUGACUACCUGAGUGGUUCUGCAAGGGCCUUGAUCGGCUGGGCUGUUCUGAACGGUGUGCAGCAAUUCAGUUCCUGGGCUAGACCUGGCCAGGGCCUAAACUUACGAUGCCUAGGUGUUUGUACUGGCAGCUGUCGACAGUACACGCUGUGCUUACAGGUUGUCGAUAUGAUGCCUGGUGCAACAGAAGAACUACCAACUGAUGUGGGAGGAUGA